AUGCAUUUGGCAAAGUAUGCCCUACUCGCGGCGACCGUAGCCACGACCAACGUCGUCGGCAGCAAUCACGCCGAAGGAUCGAAGCUCAGGCAGCAGCUCAAAAUCCCUGACAUUUGGAAGUCUCCACUCUUCAAGUCAAGCAAUGGUCCCCCUCUGCCAGGCCCUUUCGGUGGAGCACCUUCCCAAGCAAACAGUCCUGCAAGCCCCGCCGCCUCCAAACCGAACACGACCUCGUUCCAGGAAAGCUUCCAAGUACACGAACCGGCGCCCAUCCUGACCACGCCCAUCCACUCAUGCUCGGUGACGCUCGUCGACCGGUCGUUUGCCAACAGCUACGGCUCGCCCUCCACGCUCUCCUUCGACCCUAAUUCCGCUUUCGCUGGUACCGCAUGCGCCGACCCAUCCUUGUGGACGGGGCUGACGCUUGACGUGCACGGCGAAACACGAGGUCGCCAGUUUGACCGACUAGGCACGGUGUGGGUGGGAAACAACCAGACCGGUCAAGGCGUUGAAGUGUUCCGACUCGACAAUCCGGAGCCGACGCGCGCGGGGGUGUUCUGGGACACCAGCAAGGACGUCGGCAAGUACUAUCCGCUCUUCAGCCAGCCUGCAGAUGUGGUGUUUGAUCUGCCCAACAUCGUCGACUCCACUUACACGGGGGCACUUAACGUGACGCUCAAGCUGACCGCUUCGGUGCAGGGCGUGCUUUCCCCGCGCGGCGUCCGACAUCGCGGGGUGCACAAAAGAGGAGGUCACGCGUCUGCUCCGUCGACAGCGUUCCCGCUGAAACACCGCGCGGCAGAUGUGGUGAUCCCGCUGUCGAAGCGCCUACAGGCCGACAACUCGAUCUUUCUCGUCGGCGGCUCAGCGGGCAACGGCACGACACACGUCAGCAUCCCGCGCAACGCAGCCAGAGCCAUCGUCGAGGUCUACGCCAGCGGCACAGCCACCGAGGAGUUCUGGUACACCGGCAUCCCGGACAAAUACUACUCCCAGAUCCCCGACGCCGCUGCCGACGGCUACUACGCACACGGAACCUACCGCGAAGUGCAGCUGUACAUAGACGGCCGUUUCGCUGGCUACAUCGCUCCGUACCCUGUCAUCUUCACGGGUGGCAUCAAUCCGCUCCUCUGGCGUCCCUCGGCCAACUACGGCACCUUCGACCAGCCGACGUACAGCAUCGAUAUCACCCCUUGGUUGGGCGAGUUGACUGACGGGCAGACGCACAGCUUCGAGCUGGCCGUCGUGAGCAGCGAGGAAGGAGGCUCGAUUAAUGACGCGUCCUGGUUUGUUUCGGGCAACGUGCAGGUUUAUUUGGAUGCGUCGGGGGAGAGGACGACGGGAAAGGUGAUUCUUGUAGAGAAGGGGACGGAGCAUGUGGAUGGGUAUACGAGCGGAGAGCUGCACGGUGAUCCGCUGAGCAAUGGAACGCUGACGUAUGAGGUUGGGUUGAGGAAGGGCAGGACGUUUGGGGUAGCGGGGAGUGUGAAGACGGGCUCGGGGGUCGAGUAUAUUGCGGGUUGGUACCAGACCUCCGAGUACUCGAAUAAAGGGUUUGUCAAUGCGACGGCUCAGACGAACGAUCAGAAGAGCUACGGCUGGAUGAGGUCGCUCGUUCUCGGCGCGGAUAAGGUGGACCAAGUGAUGGGAGGCAACCUCUCGUUAGACGCCCUGCAGGCUCUGGCCACUGCAUCCCGCGGUGCAGGCGUAUCAGCAGUCCAGCUGGACUUCAACUACCCGCUCUACGCCGCCUCCUACCUGUCCAACACCAACUUCGACAACCAAGUCACCCAGCAAUUCGACCGCACCGUUCGACGAGCCUCCUUCUCCUCCGCACCAAGCGAUCUCGACCAAAUGGUCGGAGACGAAUCCACCUUCGUCCACACCAACCCGAUCGCCGCUCUCCCGCACGCCACGCUGUCCAACAGGAAAGAGGAGGCGGAUUCGGUGCUGGAAAACGGUGCAAUUGCGAGUGGGACGGGCACGUCGUACCAGAGUUUCCUAUACAAGGAUAUGGCGGGCGGUACGAUCGAUCGCGAGACGAGGACGAAUACGACGAGCGUGUUGGAGGAUAGCUUGGGGGGCAGUUUGAGGGCUAGGGCCCAGCCUGCGCAGUUGAAUGUUGUGUAA